AUGGAUAAUUAUGAAUAAGUUUUAUUUCUUAAUCCAACUCAAUUAUAGUCUGUACAAAACUAAUUCGAAAAUAUCAAUAAAUAAGUCAUUUAGCUCUAUGGAAAAGUAUUAACAGUAUCAUAAUUAAAAAAAUAUAAAAAAGUUUACUCGUUAUUAUCCAAAUUUUUAGAUCGUUACGAUCAUACCAAUUAGAUUCAUUUAAAUGAUAGAAUUCAUUUUUUAAAUAUAUUGCUAAUGGCCUUAAAUAAAAUAUUUAAGAAAUCAAUACUCAAAGAUAUGUCCAAAAAAAACUUAAUUGACAUCAAAGUAUGGAAAUAAAAACUUACUAAAUAUAUUGAAAUAUAUCCAAUUCUUAUAUCUAAGAUUACUUCUAAUUUAGAAUUAGCUACUGCAGAUCCUAAACAAAGAAUUAGAGAACAAUUAAGAAAUUCCAUUUUUAAGGAUUAAUUAGAAUAAUAAAUUUAAAUUAUAAAUACCAGUGGAUAACUAAAAUUGGAUUAAAUUACUAUUCCUUUUUAAUUAACUUAAGAAUUUGAAACAUAUUUGAAAAGUAUUAUGAUAGCUUAUAGAUUAUAAAGUUAUUAUCCUGAAAUAAAACCUAAUGAAAAGUUAAAAUUUGCUAUUUUAUCCUAUGAUGUUAGUAAAAUAAUAAUGUAAAGUAAAGGAAAAAGAGUUUCUAAAUUAUGUUAAUAUAUUUUAUCUUCUAUUAAUUUAUUAAAUAGAUAUUUUGAAUCAAAAGAUGAUUAAUGUUCUUAAAUAAUUGAUGAAGUAAAUCAUUCAGAAGCUUUAAAAUAUUUAAUAUUUUUAGUAUAAUAAACUGAUGCAUAAACUGAUUUUAAAAGUAAAUUAAAAUGCAAAUGGAAAUUUUCAAAAUUAUUGAAACCUCUCAUUUGGUUUUGGAUUCAAUCAAUAUAUUAUUAUUAAUCAAAAUUUAAAUUUGAAAAAUGUUAAGACAUCAUGGGUGUAUUAAAAUGGUUAAGUUACCAUUAUUUAAUAUCAACUGAUGAAUUAUCAAUUUAUGUUUAAAAUAUUUAGGCAAUAACUUUUGCUAAAAAUAAAGAAAACAUUAUAUUCAAUCAAAUUUUAGAAUAAAUUUAUCUUAAUGAAGAUAUUGGAAUGCCUAGAAUAAAAAAUCUAUUUGAACAAAACAAUGCAUAAUAAUAAGAACUUUAAAAUUAAAAAUAAACAAUCAAUUAUUACUAUAAUUAAAAUAAUAAGGAUAAUAUCUCAUAACCAGAAUAUUUCUAUUGUAGACCAAAUGCAUAAAUUAAACUAGCUCAUAAUUCAGAACUUGCUUUUAUUGAAAUUAAUAAUGAGAACUUCAGUUCAAUUGAUACAAGAUUAUCUAGUAAUACAUUAAGAUUACCAAAAAAAGAUAAUACAUCAAUUCAUGGAUCUAAAUCUUUUCGAGGAUCACUUUCUUAAUUUUCAAAUAGUUUUUCUGAUAAAAAAAUAUAAAACUAAAUUUAAUAGAUUUAACCUUAAUCUUAAACCAAUGCUAAGCCUACUACUUCUUUUUUGGAUAAAAUGAUUAAGAAGAUGAUAGAAAAUAAAAUAAUGAUAGAUGACAUCUAGUAAAUUAUCUCGUUUAUUUCUUAGAUGUAAAGAAACUUAAUUGUUGUAAUUACUAAGUAAAGAGAAAUUAUAAUAAAAGGAAAGUGAUUUCUAUAAAAAGCUUUUAAGAUUUAAAACAUAAUUUUCAAAAUUCGUAUUACCUGUUAAAUUAAAAUCAAAAUAAGAAGUAAUAACUAAAUAAGAUUUACAAAUGAGAGUAAUUAAUAAAUAAAUACAUGUUGAUAAUUUAAAUGCUAAACCUAAUCAAACAUAAACUAAAUAAAAUGAUCUUGAUAAUUCAUUAUUGUCUUUUGAAAAACCAGGAGCAAAAUUAGGACCAUUAUAAAAAUUAAAAAAGAUUAUUUUCUAACAUCCAGAAGUUUUUUCACUUUAAAAGUUUAGAAAUAAAUUAAAAUCCUCAAAAAAAUGGUAUAAUAGAUCAAAUAGUGUAAGAAUGACAAAUGCAAGUAUUAUUAUUUUAUUAUAUAAGGAAGAUCUGUAAUGAUUAUGAAGACAAAAGAAUAACAUAUAUAAGAAUUGAAUUCCUUAAGAUAGAGAUCAAUAUCUUAAUUAAAAAAGAAUAUUAGUGAAACAUAACUUAAUAUAUAAAAUGUAGAUAAAGAAUUGAGAUCUAAAAGUGUUAGAUUUAGAUAAUUUCGAUAAAAUACUGAAUAACCAUUCUAAAUUGAAAAUAGAUAUUAGAAUUUAAGCAAAUCUAUAACUAAAUUAGAUUAAACGAAAAAAAUUAUUUGA